CGCAUGCGUGGGGUACUGUUUCUACCCGACGGUUUACAGGCGCGGACCCUAACAGAGUGCACUAUGGAAGUGAGGGAUGCAAAUGCUGCCAUGCUCAGCAAUUUUGAGGUGUAUCAGCUUCUCAUUGAGCUGAAAGAGAAGAGAAAAGAGAUGGUUAAAAACAAGCAUAGCACUGGACAACAGAACCUUAACACAAUAAUGUAUGAGACUCUGAAGUACCUCUCUAAGACGCCAUGUUCUCACCAGAGUCCUGAGAAUGUAAAAGAUUUCCUGACUGCAAUGCUCCCACACAAACUCACCAAGGCCGAGAAACUGCAGCUCUUGAACCACAGACCAAAAACGGCCGUGGAGAUCCAGCUGAUGGUAGAGGAGAGUGAAGAACGAUUGUCUGAAGAUCAGAUAGAAGAGCUUAUACAAAAGGUCACUGAAAUCCUCCCUGGAGACCCUCAGCAAGAAGAAGGUGCUCCUGGAGAUGCUGAGAUGGAUGCAAAUGCAGACCAGUGAUGAAAUCUCAGGAAACCCUUCACCACAAUCUAUUUCCUGCUUGUUUUGAAGUCUGCAUUUGUAUGGUGGUUUAUAAGGUCCUAUAAGAUGAGGAAAUAACCCUUUAAGAUUAGGAGCGAGGAUGUUGUUUUGAACUGGGUGCAUUUUGUUUCUCAUUACAUUAAUGAGAGUUUGUGUUGCCAGUAUUUAUAUGUAUAAAUAUAAUGAAUGAAACAUAUGAGCAACUUAAUUGUGGUGACCAUGUAGUUUUAUGUUAAUUAUUAGCAUUUUUUUUGACUGAACUGAUUUAUUUUUGUGUAAAUGGUGUGUCAUUACAUACUGUACAUGAACUACCAUUUAAAUUGUAGUUCAUGUACAGUGUGUAUUGAAAGUUAGCUGGAAAACCUAAUAAUAACACCUGUUUUAAAUAAAAUAUCAUGAAAUCCAA